CUUCCGGGUGAGCGGAAGUGACCUCUGCCCCCGCGACCCCUUCCUCUUCCUUUCCUGCGCUGGUGGCCCGGCGAGACGCGCAGCAAUGGCACCUCGCAAGGGUAAGGAGAAGAAAGAAGAGCAGGUUAUCAGCUUGGGACCUCAGGUUGCCGAAGGAGAAAACGUUUUUGGUGUCUGCCACAUCUUCGCUUCCUUCAAUGACACUUUUGUCCAUGUGACGGAUCUCUCUGGCAAGGAAACCAUUUGUCGAGUGACUGGUGGCAUGAAAGUGAAGGCCGACAGAGACGAGUCUUCUCCCUAUGCUGCUAUGCUAGCAGCCCAGGACGUUGCCCAGAGGUGCAAGGAGCUCGGCAUCACUGCCCUUCACAUCAAGCUGCGAGCUACCGGUGGAAACAGGACCAAGACUCCUGGACCAGGUGCACAGUCAGCCCUCCGAGCUCUGGCUCGCUCUGGUAUGAAGAUUGGGCGGAUUGAGGAUGUCACCCCUAUCCCCUCUGACAGCACUCGCAGAAAGGGUGGUCGCCGUGGUCGUCGUCUGUGAACAGUGACUGUUUUUUCUAUUGUCAUUAAAACUGUCUUACAAACC